CGAUGAGUCGCAUCUGCCUUCUCCUUCCUUUGUUGACUUCAUAGAUUCCUUUUUUAUUUUUUUCAUCGUUGCCUCCCUCGCAUCUAAUUCAUCCCGAAACUCCCCUAAUAUCUCGUUGAUUCAUCAUUUGCAAAGUUGUAUCUCGACGACAUUCAACGUGACACCAUGGGUGAUGCACUAUGCGGCCCGUCGAAUGCGCUGCAGAACUUCCAGAAGAAUGCGGCCGUCGACAGAACCUUGCAGCAAGAUCGCUUAAUAUCCAGACAACCAUCGGCUCAGGGAUUCCGAUCGCAAAGCCCGCGGGAUGGAAUCCUGGAUCCCGAAUUCGCCGCGUUUGAAGCCACCCACGGAGGCCCGGCAAAUCUGCCAGACCUGCAGCAUCCAGCUCACUUUGGACCUCCAACACAGCAUGGACACCCAGGCAUGAAUUGGGCGUCGGAUUUCCAAAACCUACAUAUCUCAGGACCCGCGCCACCUCAGUUGCAUGGCCCAUCUAUUGCGCCAGCCCAAGCUGGAUGGCAAAAUGAAUUUAUGAGCCAGCAGCAGCAUCAACAGCCAGCUGCGACACAACGUGUACAGGUACAGCAAUUGGCGAAUCAUACGUUUCAGCCUGCCUUUGCACCAAGCUACCCGAUGUACAAUGCACAAAUGAAUAUCCCCCAAGUUCCACAGCCAGCUCCCGCGGUGAAUGCUGCACCAGCAGAGCAAUUCGACGAGUCUGCUUUCGAGGCUGCGUUUGAGCAAGCUCGAAUCGACAUGGAGGAAUUACCUUGGGAAUUACAAGAAACCGAAACCACCUUGGAGACCGAAAGUCUCGCCACCGAGGAACCCGCCCAACUUGAGCCCGUCGUGCAGGAGCAUGAAGUAAUCAGAAUUGGAGCCGAUGUCACUUUCCCCCAAGAACAGCAGCAAGACACACUCACACGAGACCAAGAUGCGGAUGAUCUUGUACAGACCGCGGCGAACCUUCUCGACAGUCUUCGCCACGAACAAGACCAGAAGUUCAAACAGAGCAACUUCCUAGCACUGAUGCGGCGAAUUCGUGAUCGGGAGGUACGAGUGGAGGGAGACGAAUUGCGCGAAACCGCGCAAUCCCUCCACCCUGGCGGCCGGUAUUACCCAGGCCAGUCCCCUGAACCGAUCAUUCCACACGACAGUACUAGUAAGGAGUCUACCUUUUCCACCGUGCCAGCAACCCCUCAUGCCGUCUGACUGGCCAGACCUUCCACCGGAGAAUAACCUCGAGCACUUUUUGACCGCCGAAGAAGAAUCGCCUCGCCUGGGGACUAACCCGAUUGCCCCGAGUUCGCCGGGAGACAGCAAUGCGCUGUAUGAAGGGUGGAUUCACAGUCAUGGGUUGGUGGACCGGCAGCGUCCGACCUUUUGUUUUCGAGGAGAGCACGAGGUUUGCUCAUGGUGAGCCCAACUUGGGCAAGUGGGUUUUCAUGAUCUAUUCUUAUGUCCCUGGAUCUCUUCUCACGUCCCCUGAUCUAUCUGUAUGGCCUCUGGUCCAUCACUAUGUCCACUGAUUUGUUCUCAUGUUCCCCGAUCUAUUCUUAUGUCCCCGGAUCUGUUCUUAUGGGGAUCUGUUCUUAUGGCCCUGGAUCUAUUCUUAUACCCCCUGAUCUGUUCUCCUGCCACCCUGAUCUAUCAUUAUGUCGAUUGAUCUGUUCUUCUGGCCCCUGAUCUAUUCUUACGGCCAUUGAUCUAUUCUUAUGGCUUCUGAUUUAUCUUUACGGCUUCUGGUUUAUCAUUAUGUCCAUUGAUAUGUUCUUCUGGCCCCUAAUCUGUUCUCAUGUCCCCUGAUCUAACUUUAUGGCAUCUGGCCUAUCAUUACCCUCCCCUGAUCACACAUACUUAGUGAUAUUGAUCUAUCUCAAGAUCUACAUGCAAUAUGAAACGAC